AUGAGGACGACACAGAAGCGUCAAGUUUGUGUCCUUCUACCAACCAAGCAGCACUUGGACUGCACUGUUAUGGUGAGAUCCAGAGGCCACGAGGUGUUGGACAGUGUGUUGAAGCAGCUCGGCGUCAGUGAGCUCCAAGUCUUGGGUCUGGCUGUCCUCAGAGAUAAUGAAUACCUCUUUCUUGAUUUGGAGCAAAAGCUGAGCAAGUACUUUGGUAAAACUUGGAGCAGAGGAUCCUUAAUGGUGCCAUUCAUCCUGUUUCUGAGAGUGCAGUAUUAUGUAGAGAGUGGGCGGCUGAUAUUCAGCAGCAGAGUGCAGCAGCUCUACUACGCUGAGCUGAGGCAGACGGUGCUGCGCUCACAGAGCCGCCAUCAGGAAGCUUUGUUCUUCCAGCUGGCAGCUUCUGCUCUACAGGCUGAAGUCGGAGAUCUGCAAAAACACAGACAUUACUUUCUCCCCGAGGAUUACUUCCCCUCUUGGCUGAUAAAGCGUCGUGGGCGAGACUUCAUGCUCCAGCACUGCCCGGUGUUACACACUGAGCUGAGAGGUGUGACGCGCAGUCAGGCUGUCCUACAGUUUAUAAGAGAGGCCGUCAGCCUGCAGGAUGGACCAGUCACCUUCUACAGGAUGAGACAGAAUAUUAAACUGAGGAAGCAUAACAACAUCUGCUACCUGAGCUCAUGUUUUAUAUUUCAAACUCUCCUUCUUCGUCUGUUAUUUUAUGAGCAGGAGAAAAGAGAGGUGAGAAGUUCAAUCCUUCUGGGUGUGACACUGAGAGGAGUCCAUGUCUAUCAGGAGGUGGAGGGGAAGCAGUGCCUGUUGUAUGAUUUUUCCUGGAGCGACAUCGAGCGCCUCACCUUCCAGGGCAGCAGGUUUGAAAUCACCGCAGUGGGCUCUCUGUGCCUCUCUAAGCUGGUGUACUACACUCCGUCAGCCUUCCACGCCAAACACGUCCUGAGGCACCUCACUGACAGUCACCGGCUCCACAUCAGCACCAGAGUUGCAGUCAGCUACAUCCAACAGCUGGAGGACAUGCAGGCCAGUCACUCCUACAGAGAGGCCUACAUCUGUGACACAACACGCCUAGCACACAGACUCUGGAGCAACAGCCUCACGUCCUCCAUGUCUGACUGCAGUGUUGCAGUCGAAACAGCAGCAGCCUGGUCCAAAGAGGAGGAGGAGGAGGAGGAAGAGGAGGUCACAGCAGAGUUUGAGCUUUGUGUGGACGAACCCGAAGAGUUAUUUGUCGACGACCCAGCCGAGGUGUCGCGGCUGUCUGAGCUGUCUGUCGAUGGACCUUUGAUGUUACCCUCCUCUUACUGGGCAGCUGUCGCCAUGGAAAUGAAACAGGUUCUGAGGAGGAGGGCUGAUGAAGAGGUUUCUGUGGACUGAUGUACAGCCAGAGGCGAGAGGGAGUCAUCACAGGCUCAGGACAUGAACCAUAAUGUUACAGCUUUCAUACAUCAUAGACAUGAUAGAUCAUGUUCCUAAAUUAUGCUUAUAAUUACUGUACAUCCAGUGCAUCAUGAGGUCAAACGUGCCUUUGACACAGUGUGUGUUACUAAUAAUAACAUAAUGAUUAUUUCAGCAGAGAAAAUAAUGAGCAAUAAACGAAUAAAAUCUGGUAAGCAGUUUCUUUCUCUUUAGUUUAUCCUGCACAUUAUUAGUUUAACUUUAUCCUCAUUAAGAUGGACAUUUGUUUAAUCUUAAGUUCUAAUUUUGUGUUUUCUUUCAGAUUCAACCCAUGUGUGUUUG